GGGAGAGGAUAGGAAAAACGGCAUCGUCGAGAGAGCCAGCGGCGAAGUGGGCUCUAGUACGUGUAAACGAGAUUGCUCUAGGCCUAAGCGCGAAUAGGCCUAGCCUUUCCCGACGUCGACGGUGACAGUUUAUUUAUCUCGUCGCUAUCCGCGGAUCCGCGUUGACUGACGGCUGGUCGCGGUGCUCGGUGUGUCCGGGCUCGCCAUUGCUCACCAGAGCGCCCUGCGAGCGCCGCGCGUUCCUGACAAGCUGCAAAAUACGCCCACUCGCCUCAAGCAACCAACUAGUCGGCGCCAGGCCCUGAACAGGAGCAGUGAACUUCGACCGACGGGUUCCCUUUGCACAAGCGCUCCGAUGGCAGGACGCGGGGCAGCGGCGCAGAGGCCCAAUGGGGCUCCGCAGGGCAAGAUUUGCCAGUUUAAACUGGUGCUUUUAGGUGAGUCGGCAGUGGGAAAGUCAAGCCUGGUGCUGCGUUUUGUCAAAGGCCAGUUCCAUGAAUACCAGGAGUCCACCAUUGGAGCGGCAUUCCUGACGCAAACAGUGUGUCUGGAUGACACAACGGUGAAGUUUGAGAUCUGGGACACAGCAGGCCAGGAACGCUAUCACAGCCUGGCACCUAUGUACUACCGGGGUGCACAGGCAGCCAUAGUUGUCUACGACAUCACCAAUCAGGACACGUUUGGCCGAGCUAAGACUUGGGUCAAGGAACUGCAGCGUCAGGCCAGCCCCAGCAUUGUCAUCGCACUUGCUGGAAACAAGGCUGACUUGGCUUCAAAAAGGGCUGUGGAGCUUGAGGAGGCACAGGCUUACUCUGAAGAGAAUGGGCUUCUUUUCAUGGAGACGUCAGCCAAGACAGCAAUGAACGUCAACGAUAUCUUCUUGGCCAUUGCCAAGAAGCUUCCCAAGACGGAGCAAGGCACUUCGGCUGUUGGUGGUGGGGCCAGUGGCCAGGGUCGUCGAGGUGUGGACCUUAGCGAGCACCCGCAGCAAUCGGGUGGCUGCUGCAAGUGAUGCCCCUCCGACCAGGACCCUUUCCGAGCCCCGCCAUAUUGCCCAGGCCCCACCCACCGCCACGAGCAGACCUUGCUGCCCCCGAGCACUGUUCUGUGGCCGAGGAGGGAGGCGCCGCUGCUGCCGCCGACUGUGAUGACGUCGAGGAUGGAAAACAGAGGCGCCCCCUUUUGUAGCCCCCUCCAAUUACGUUUUUUUUCUCUAUCUGUACAUACGCAGUAUAUAUAUAUACAUAUAUGUAUACAGACGGGGUGUAUAGGUAUAUAUACUAACUGGAGGGAGUUGCUGCACUGGCACACAUCUGCGAGCGUGGACGAUGAAGUGUACGCAGGCACACACACCCAACUUAUUGUUUGAGGCGUGCAGCUCUGUUUUUCCUUUUUUGACCAUGAUCAGUUCCAUUGUGACACUCUGGAGGGAAGAGAUGGCCUGCUUCGUCAGGUAGGGGAAGCUGCAAAGUGUGACACAUUUUAUAGAUGAAUGCUCCCUGGUUUGUUGUGGGUCCUUUUUCUUUUUUAAUUUGUAUGUAUGCUUGUGUAUGGAUGUCUCGCUGAGUGGUUCAGCAGUGAUGUAGGGGAGCACCACUGUUAGCAUAGCAUGCCUGGUUGAACUGUGAAAGUGUGUGCAGAAUCUUUUGAUGUCACUCUUGGCAUGCCCUUUCUUUUCCUUCAUGAGCAUGCAGGUUAGCCAAGCUCGUGAAGUUGAGUGUGUGUGUGCAUUUGUCAUAGUCGUCCAGACGCUUGAGGCGGCGGCCUUUUGUGGGGCAGGCUUUACUAGGGUGGGGCACAUGGAGGAUGCUUCGCUGUAAAUGAGGAGAAUAGGGCAAGGACAGUGGGAAUGGGUUUUCUUGUUCACUUUAUUUCCUAUAGCUCGUUUCACGAGGACACGCAUGGACAUGGCAGUUUUUUUUUUUCGUUCUCUGGCCCUAAUCUCCUCUUGCUUUAGGAGCAUUAUAGUUCUUUUUAAACCUGGGAACAAACAUAAUGGAGCCUUGAAGGCCAUAGCUAUACGCUGCAAUUUUUGUUUUUGCAAUGUGCUUCAAAGAUUGUUCUUUGAACCUGAAUUGUGUAAGUGCAAAAGAAAAAAAAAAUGCCUGGUCAAACCAGCUGUGCAGUUUUCCCUGGUCACGUUUUUGACAUUACCACUGCAGAAAACUUAUAGAGAAAUACUGUUCUUCUGUAGGCGCAUUAUAUGUUUGUGAAAUGUAUGGCUUUGAAAGCCACUACGGAAGGGACAAGUGUUAUAUGCAGAGGUCAGCAAACAUUGUCUUCAAUCAAUGACAUUUGUCUCAAAGCAGGCCAUUCAAAAGGGAUCAGCAGUUAGCAGAGGGCUUCACAGUAGUUAAUGCUGUGCUCACUUUGCUGCACACUGUGUUGCUGAAAAGACAGCCGAUGCAUUCACGUCUUCUUGAGCACUAUGCUCUAGCUUCUCUCUCCGUAACCAGUGGGCGUGGACUUUCAGCCACUGCACCACUGACUUUUGUGGAGCUGCCAGUGCUUUGUACGUAAAAUCAGCUGAGCGAAUUGAAUGAGCAUCCCCUGGAUGUGGCUGCCAUUUUUGUUCCAAGGUUGUCAUUGUAAGCACUUGUGCAGUAAUGGACAAGUGAGUGUUUGUCUAAUUUGGACCUGCCUGUUCUUGGGGAAAAAAUGGCAGCUUCUCUGUUGCUUGUAGAUAGCUCUGUUUCAGCCUCGCCUGUUGGCUUUUUUUUGGUACAAGUGCAUACUUGUCGUGGUUGACAUUGUCUACUCAUCUUAUGGGAAUUUUCGUUUAUGGCCACUGCUGAAGCAUUGUAAGGCCCUAGGCUGGCCCGUGGCUAUAUACACAAUGCUUUUAUAAGCCUCAUUCCUCAGUCAAGGUGUUAGUCUGCGCAUUGUCAGACAGUAUGCCUUGCAGUAUUUCAUUUGCCCUCCUUUUCACUUAGAAAUGUAGGUAUAUUUGAAGGGAGUGCUUUGCCCGCACGCCUCUUGUUUGCCUUUGUUCCCUCAUGGCCAGGUGCAGUGGCAUAGCAAGCAGUUUUUAAGAAACCGUGCAAACAGCAAGUAAUCCAGGGAUGUGCCGUUGACCUGUCAGAAGGAAUAAGUUUAUUGUGUAGUUAUGUAUACUUUACGAGGCUCUUGCUGUGUUGUCUAUAUUAAUUAAUGUAUGAUGUUUAUGCUGUACAUAACGUUUGAUAUUAAAAAUUAAAAAAAAAUUUUGAAGUGCA